UUUUAACUUUAUGGAAAUGAAUAAGUUCUGGCUGAAUAUUCCCGGGGUUUUAUUCUGAUUUCGGCGGGCUCGGGUGUUCCUUUAACGGAGAGCGACAGAGCGGGUGGCCCCCCCCCCCGCCGGGCUCAGUGGAAUGUGCGGACUGGAGCCCGGUGCUCGGCCCCUGGCCCCCGGGACAAUGGCGUCGGUGCCGGUUUACUGCCUCUGCCGGUUACCGUACGAUGUGACCCGCUUCAUGAUCGAGUGCGAUGUGUGUCAGGACUGGUUCCACGGCAGCUGUGUCGGCGUGGAGGAGGACAAGGCGGCAGAGAUCGACUUGUACCACUGCCCCAACUGUGAGAAGGCGCAUGGACCCUCCGUGAUGAAAAGGAGGAAAAGCUGGCCGAAGCCAGAUAAUCUCUACACUGUGGACAGGUCACAGCCAGUCCAAACCGGGAGUCAGAUCUUUAUUAAAGAGCUCCGGAGCCGGACAUUUCCAAGUGCAGAUGAGGUGAUCCUGAAGCCGACGGGAUAUCAGCUGACAGUGGAGUAUCUGGAGGAGAACAGCUUCAGCGUACCCAUCCUGGUGGCCAAGAAGGACGGCCUGGGCAUGACUGUGCCCUCCAGUUCCUUCACCGUGAAUGACGUGGAGCGGUGCGUGGGCUCUGAGAAGAUUAUCGAUGUUAUCGACGUGACCCGCCAGGCUGACUGCAAGAUGAAACUCGGCGACUUUGUCAAAUACUACAACAGCAGCAAUCGGGAGAAAGUGCUGAACGUGAUCAGCCUGGAAUUCUCCGACACCAGGCUGUCCAAUCUCGUGGAGACCCCGAAGCUGGUGAGGAAGCUGUCCUGGGUCGAGAACCUGUGGCCGGAGUCCUCGCUCUUCGAGAGGCCCAGCGUCCAGAAGUACUGCCUGAUGGGGGUGAAGGACAGUUACACUGACUUCCACAUCGACUUUGGGGGCACGUCUGUCUGGUACCACGUUCUCAAGGGGGAGAAGAUCUUCUAUCUGAUUAGACCCACCAACGCGAAUCUGGCACUGUUCGAGCGCUGGAGCUCAUCCAACAACCAGAACGAGAUGUUCUACGGAGACCAGGUGGACAAGUGCUACACCUGCUUGGUGAAGCAGGGGCAGACUCUCUUUAUCCCGACUGGUUGGAUCCAUGCUGUACUCACACCAAUGGACUGCAUUGCAUUUGGUGGCAACUUUCUACACAGUCUCAACAUCGAAAUGCAGUUGAAAGCAUACGAGAUCGAGAAGAGGCUGAACACGGCCGACCUCUUUAAGUUCCCGAACUUCGAGACGAUCUGCUGGUACGUCGGGAAGCACUUGCUGGACACGUUCAGAGGCCUGCGUGAGAACCAGCGGCACCCAGCCAACUACCUCGUUCAUGGCGCCAAGUCGCUCAACGUGGCCUUCAGGUCAUGGAUCAAGAAGGAGGCGCUCUCCGAGCAUGAGGAUGAAAUUCCAGAGACCAUUCGGACAGCGCAGCUUAUCAAAGAUCUCGCCAAAGAGAUUCGCCUGGUGGACACUGUAGGGAAGGCGGGUGGGCCAUUUGGCCUCCACCGGAGUCCACAGACGCUGAACACUGCUGGCAACAGCGACAAGCCAGGCCGUAAGAAGGCAGGCCUGCCGAGGGACAGCGGGAAGAGGAAGGGAAAGAGAGGGAAGGAACCCGUUAGCCUGCUGACGCCAGACCUGGACCUCCUGGAGAUGCACACCAAACAAACGCUGAAGAAACUGGAGUCACCCAAGAAGGAAAAGCGCGACGUGCCCAGCUCUCAGCUGCAGCUGGAGACGCUCGACAGCGAGCUGGCAAUGGACGCCUCAGUCGGCCUGGACGACAGCAAGCUGCGGUUCGUUCUUUCCAAUGGGAAAAUAAUGAGUAACAAAGGGGUGAAGUUUCAGUCAGCCCCGGGGACGUUCGAGCCGCUCUUCGGCAUGCUGAAGGGGGUAAAGCGGUGCAUCAAGGACGAGUACGACUACGAUUCCGAGGACGACUUGCAGAUCGAUGAAACACCGCGGAAGGAGCGCAGGGUGAUGAACGCCAGUAAAAAGCUUCUGAAGCUGCCGCGUCGACUGCCUCGGGCGAAACCCUGUAAGGACCCCACCCGCAAGCGAGAGCCUGGCGAAGUGGACUUCGAUAUCGUGGAGGAUGAUUCGUCAGAUGAAGACUCAGCCAUUGACAUUGAUAUCAGUAAUGGAGCGGGUACGGCCGAUGCUGCUGGAGCAAGCAGCUCAGCUGGGAUUCUGGAUCUCCUCAAGGCCAGCAAGGAGGUUGGGGGCCUGGACUAUGCCUCGCAAAGCAGCCAGCCCCCAGCCUCACCCAGCACGCAGGAGGCUAUCCAGGGCAUGCUGUGCAUGGCCAACCUGCAGCAGGCCUCGCCGGGCUCCAGCCUCCAGGCCUGGUGGAACAGCAGCAGCCAGGAGCGGAACGGUGGCCUGCCCUCCUCCUCGUCCACCUGCUCGGCUGCCGCUCAGGCACACAGCAAGAAGACCAAGAGCAAAGCGGCUCAGCACCCCGCCAGCAAGAGCAGCGAGCUGCCCGGAAAUCGCAGUGGCGGCAGCGACAACGACAACGACAGCUACGACGACCAGGAGAGCCUGGGUGCCUGUUUCAAAGACUCUGACUAUGUGUAUCCAUCGCUUGAGUCGGAUGAUGAUGACCCCACUUUAAAGUCCCGGAAUAAGAAGAGACGGAGCAGUGACGAUGCACCGUGGAACCCGAAAGCUCGCGUAGCACCGACUCUUCCACGACAGGAGCGGCCGAUACGGGAAGGAACUCGCGUGGCCUCCAUUGAGACGGGACUUGCAGCAGCGGCAGCCAAACUGGCACAGCAGGAACACCAGAAGAUCCAGAAGAGGAAGGUCACCAAGAAGAAGCCGGCGACCGAUGAGGGGGCCAGUAAGCCACAGCCGGACAGCCCCGUGGUCGAGCCCAAGCCCGAAGUCUUCUCGGGGAGCCUGGUGGACCACGAGUACACUGCCGGCCCCAGCACCUUCGGCCUGCCGCAGAUCAGCCGCGGCUCCACGCCCAUGGCUCCAGGCGUCUUCCUCACGCAGCGCAGAGCGUCAUCCUCCUCGCAAGGCAGCCAAUCAGCAGGUAAACGUCCAAAGAAGGGUCUCGCGACGGCAAAACAGCGGCUGGGAAAGAUCCUAAAGAUCCAUCGGAACGGGAAGCUCUUGCUUUGAAUAUUUUUCUAUUUUAUAUAUGUUGGAAUUGAAAAGUGUUUGUAUAUCUCUGUACAGUGAAUUUCCCUCGCACAUUAAAUAUUAACCCCCCA